AAGCCUUAUAAGCAGCCGUGAGCUCCCUCUGCUAUCACUCGUCCACUCUGAGUUGCUCCCGUUGCCUUCCAGCCGCCUGUCGCCAUGAGUUUCCGCUCGCAAACCUCCUCUACCAGCUCCAUGAGGCCAGUGACCUCCUACAGCAGCAGGUCGAUCACCCUGCACCGCUCUGUGCCCCUGGGCAGCUCUGCCAGCGUCGUGGGGGGUGCCGGUGGUCAUGGUGCUCGAAUCUCCUCUGGCGGCUUUGGCUUGGCGAGUGGCUACAGCUCCGGGAGCUCCUUCUCCAUGUCGGUCAAAGGCAGCGGGCUCAUCAGCAACGAGAAGGAGACCAUGCAGAUCCUCAAUGACCGCCUGGCCUCCUACCUGGAGACGGUGCGCAACCUGGAGCAGGCCAACAGCAAGCUGGAGUUGAAGAUCCGCGAGACCCUGGAGAAGAGGGGGCCUGCCACCCAAGACUACAGCGCCUACGAGAAGCUCGCAGAGGACCUCAAGAGUCAGAUUUAUGAUAUGACGGUGAACAACGCCCGCCUGGUCCUUCAGAUAGACAACGCGCGCCUGGCAGCGGACGACUUCAGGGUCAAGUACGAGUCUGAGCUGGCCAUCCGUCAGUCGGUGGAGAGUGACAUCAUUGGCCUGCGCAAGGUCAUCGACGACACCAACAUCGGCCGCAUGAACCUGGAGACGGACAUCGAGUCCCUGAAGGAGGAGCUCAUCUUCAUCAAGAAGAGCCACCAGACUGAUGUUGAGGAACUUCGCAGACAGAUUUCCGAAUGUGGUGUCCAGGUGGAUGUGGACGCCCCCAAGGGUCAGGACCUGUCCCGAAUCAUGGAAGAGAUCCGCGCGCAGUAUGAAACCAUCAUCCAGAAGAACCGAGAGGAGCUGAAGGACUGGCACCAUAGCCAGAUCUUAAUAGUGGAAACUGAGGUGAAGGAGAACACCGAGGCCCUGCAGAAAUACAGAACAGAAGUCACUGAGCUGCGGCGACAGUUCCAGACUCUGGAGAUCGACAUCGAGUCCCUCAGAACCUUGAAAGCCUCCCUGGAAGCCAACCUGCACGACGUGGAGUUGAGGAACAACAUGGAGAUGGAGGGGUUCAAUGUUGUCAUCCGGCAGCAGGAAUCCGACCUCCUGCAGCUCCGCAACAGCAUCCAGGCGCAGGUGCAUGAGUACCAGGCAUUGCUCAACAUCAAGAUGAAGCUGGAGGCCGAGAUCGCCACCUACAGGCGCCUGCUGGAUGGCGAAGAUUUCAGGCUUCAAGAUGCCAUGGCGGUCCAGACCACCAAAGUCCAGAAGAAGAUAACAGUGACCGAGACGGUGGUGGAUGGGAAGGUCGUGUCCCAGAGCAGCGAAGUCCAAGAGAUCAAGAAGUGACCUGCCAACCAGCGGUGACCUGGUGGUCCAAAAUCAAAGUGCCAUGUCUUCUCUAUGGUCUAAUAAAGUUGUCUCCUUUUUUCAUUCA